AACAAUCAGACAAGCAGGAAAAAUGGCAAACGUAUUCUUUGAUGUUACAGCAAACGGCUCAGCAGUCGGUCGUAUCACAUUCAAACUCCGUGAUGACAUUGUCCCAAAGACAGCUAAAAACUUCCGUGAAUUAUGCACUGGAGAACAUGGAUUCGGUUACAAGGGAUCACCAUUUCACAGAGUAAUUCCACAAUUCAUGUUGCAAGGUGGUGACUUCACCCGCCAAAACGGUACAGGUGGAAAGUCAAUCUACGGUGAAAAGUUCGCAGAUGAGAACUUUACCCUGAAGCACACCAAGCCAGGUCUUUUAUCAAUGGCCAACGCUGGUAAGAACACCAACGGUUCACAAUUCUUUGUCACUACUGUACCAUGCCCAUGGUUGGAUGGCGCUCACGUCGUCUUCGGUGAAGUUGUCGAAGGUUUGGAUGUUGUUAAGAAGAUCGAAUCAUUCGGCUCUGGAUCAGGUAAGACUUCAGCAAAGAUUGAAGUUGCUAACUGUGGUACCGUCUAAAUUGAAUAAUUGAUUGUAAAUAAAUUGAUUUUUUAUUUUGAAAUUUAAAUCUUUGUUGAGGAGAUAGCG